ACUCGAUAGCAAUAAUUUAGCACAUUACUUACAUUUUGAGUGAGCUUGUGAUGAAAUGGCACCUUCAAAAAAUUUGCUCUUUGUUUUUGGUGUUCUCUUUGCACUUGUGCUCCUCAUUUCCUCUGAUGCAACAGCUGCAGAUCAGAAGAGCGUGAAAACCACUGGUGUCCACGAUGCCAGUUCAGGUCAGGUUCAUCAGGAUAGCAUAAGCGAAGAUCGUUGCAAAUAUCGUUGCUGCCGCUGGUACCAUGGACAGUGCCAAAAAUGCUGUCGAACUGCUGAGGAGACCCCUGAAGCUACAUCCGGAGAUGAGGAUACCGUAACCGCAGAUCGUUGCAGACAUGGUUGCUGCCGCUGGUACCAUGGAAAUUGCCAAAGAUGUUGUCCACCUGCUGAGGAGACCACUGAAGCUACAUCCGAAAAUGAGGAUACCGUAACUGCAGAUGGUUGCAGACAUGGUUGCUGCCGCUGGUACCAUGGACGCUGCCAGAGAUGCUGUCCAACUGCUGAGGAGACCCCUGAAGCUACAUCCGGAGAUGAGGUCAAAAAUUAAUGCUAAAUAAAUAAGGGUGUGACACAGGAUCCGUGACACCUAUAUUAUUACCUUAAUAUGUUGUGUUUGCCUUUGAUGGUUGAUUUCCUGUAUGUGUAAAAGACUUGUGCCACUUCUCUUUGAAUUGGUGUAGAAUCAACAGGGGAAGCACGUAAUGAGUACUCAGUUCGAGUGCUCUUCUUAUGUUGUUGUCAAGUUGAAUAAAUAAAUCUACUUGAUCAUCUACUACAAUUGAUGAUCUCUAUCUCAGUUACAUCA